UAAAUAUACCAAAGUUAAAUCAACAACAACCACACAUUUCUUUCUCAACAACUUUUUUCAUCUUAUAAAAUUGAAUCUACCCUUCUCUUCCACCAGAAGAUGGCAGCUUUGGAUAAAUCAAUUCUGGCCAAGAUGAAUCGUAGUUGUAUGAUCAUAAACCACGGUGGCGAGUGGAACGGGAGUGAUUACAUAGGUGGAGAUGAAGAGCUUUUGUUGAUUCCGUCAGGAGGAAUAUCUCGUGCUGCUUUAAUAGAAGAGAUUCAUCACAUUCUAAAUCACAACCAAAAGCAGUGUGAUUGUUUGUUGUUUUGCGUGAUCGAGCUCAGCCAGACUAGGAAGGUCAAAUUGAGAAUUAAAAACGACGUCGAUUUAAGCUACAUGUUUGCAACCUUUCAAAACCCUCUUUUGUAUGUUAUUUCUAAACCAAACCCAAAGGAAACUCGCUCAUCGCCAACCCUAAACGUAACGUGGGAAUAGUUAUUGAACACUCCAGGGUUGUAAAAUACUACUCCCUCCGUCUCACAUAAUUUGGGACACUUUGACCGGGCACGGGUUUUAAGAAAUAUAAUGAAAAGUGAGUUGAAAAA